GCAGUAAGUGUUGUCUGCCAGUGGUAAACAGACGUCAGAAGGGAGUCUUCGCCUCGAGUCAAAACAAAACAUUACAAAAAUGAUCUACGAUGAAUGACUCUUUGGACACCGGCGAUAUCAAGAAAUUGAACGGGAAUUACGAUUAAGAAGAUUGAGAAUUCAAGUCAUGAGCUACGUUUGCCUUUUCGAUUGUUUUGAGACGGAUUUUAACUCAUAAAUAACAAGAGUUAGCCAGCUAAGUGGCUAUCCAACUAUUCCAAUGUUAUCUAGCUUGCUAGCAUACAUUUCGAGUUUGGAUUGAACAUACAAGAAGUGUGAGAGAAGUCAUCUGAAGAAGGAAUAUGCAUAUUCAUUUCUGAAACAACUCCCUACAAAUUGUCUUUAAAAUAGACGGACUUCUUCUUCACACAACUGUUCCACUGGUUUAUGCCCGCGCGAGCAUCGUGUGCUGCUGCGUCUCGAGAAACAUGGCAGAUGGUGACACGCGCCUGACCACAGCGUGGAGGAGCGUGCAGACUUGAACCAUAAUACGGAUCUGUUUUCUUUUUGUAAAUUCAUUCAAAUGCGUAAGACAAGACAAGAAUGACCAGUGUGACCAUCAAGAAUUUGACUCCUCUCUAAUUCUUGACGGACAAUACUGCAUCAUCACAUAAAACGGUACAGAUUCAGGCGCAUUUCUCUGGCAGCUUGAUCAGGUUACAUUUACUAGUUUCGCUUAAAUUAAAUAUCUUUGCGUUUUAUAUCUAUACUUGAACGUUUUUUUUACUUGAUAUGUCAGCGUAGUUGGCUACGGGGGUUUCAACAGAGGUAUUUUUGUUCGGGAACGCAAGCUUUCCAGUUAAGUUAACGUAUUGACAAACAGCCUUGAUUAGUAGCCUACUGAUCAAUAUUUUACUAAUAGCCUGUAGUGUGUAAUAUUGUCAGACGGUCAGCAAAAGAAAUUCACCUGGGCAAUUUUGUAUUUGGCAAGAGGAGGUUUUAUGCGGGUGGAAACGCACGCUCGAAAGUUGUUUACAAGUGUUGAUAGGGCCCAUAAAUCAGAUAGCUCUUUUGUAAUACUGACCUACUAUGGUAAUCCAAAGGUGUAGACUAUUUCUUGAUUGUCUUUUCAUAUUCGGUCGGUGCUGAAGUGGUUUUUUUUUUUAAUAAUCCGAAUUUAGUAGCGUUAUUAAAACAACUUGAAAUUAAUAUAAUUGGGUCUCUGAGUGGAAGCUUGGAAUUGCUGAUGUUAUUUAUUGGAGUCAUUCAAUUUAUUAACGUGUAAAGAAAUCAAAUAGUCACUAGCAACAGUUGAAAAGCUAUUUUUUUUAAAUAUCAGACUGGAUUUUUUUGUAUUGAGCACAGUAGGUUAUGAUACAACUGUAUUGUAGUAAGGUAGUUGCUAUCUACUACAUUUUAUUCACGUUAGAAUCCAUCGCUUGCUAUACAGAUGUUUUGAUGGGACGGUAUUUCACCUCAUGUAAAUUUCCUUUGUUCUUUUUUUGUAAACAAAGGCACGCCUUUCCAACCCUCCUUGGCUGUCUGUAAAUCGGAAGGUUUAUGAUAGUUACUAUUAAGAAGAUUAUUUUGUUCCUCUAAUCCCCAAUCUGAGGAUUAACCGACGCUAUAUUGGUAUAUCCAGAUUACUGCGACUCUUUUCUAUCAGACACUCUUCUAAUAGGGACUGGAGGCGAUUUAGUUGAAUUAUUUUUAGAAAUAUUGAACUUGAUUUAGCACAACUGCUAAAACGAAUCAAGGAAUCCCCACGGCGCUGUCAAAAAUAGCGAAGCAUAAACCUGCGUUAAACCUCUCCCCAAGACCCCCCUUACACCCAAACCACCGUGACAAUUACAGUAGCCCAGUCUAGACAAAUAACAUUUAUUGUCUGGCGUGUAGUAUAAAACUUUAUUUAUUUAAAUAAAAUAUCUAUAUUUACAUGCACGUUUAAAUCAUUAGCACUUGAACUUGAUCUCAAAGCUUUUUUAAACAAAACAUCUGAACUCAAUUCACAUGAUGGAGGAGGACAGCGUACCCCCGAUUGACCCAGAUUUUGAGCCACAAAGCAGACCGAGGUCGUGUACUUGGCCGUUGCCUAGACCCGACAUCUCAGCUGUCAAACCAGAGGGGGCAGACGGCGCAGAGUCAGCCGCGGGAACCCCGCCCGCCGAGGAAGAUAAGCAUGAGCCUCAGCAAAUCACAUCGGAGCCCGAGAAAGUGGUCGUCACUGAGGGUGGAGUCGCAGCUGGAGUGGGUGGAGCCACUCCUAGAAAAGGGUCAUCCCGGCGCAAUGCCUGGGGCAAUCAGUCCUAUGCGGAUUUGAUCAGCCAGGCAAUUGAAAACUCGCCUGAGAAACGUCUCACCUUGGCGCAGAUAUAUGAUUGGAUGGUGAAAACAGUGCCCUACUUUAAGGACAAAGGAGACAGCAACAGUUCUGCCGGGUGGAAGAACUCUAUCCGACACAACUUAUCCUUGCACAAUAAGUUUCUUCGAGUGCACAAUGAGUCCACAGGCAAGAGUUCUUGGUGGAUGCUCAACCCAGAAGGAGGAAAGACUGGCAAAGCCCCGCGGAGGCGUGCAGCCUCAAUGGACAACAGCAGCAAGCUGCUCAAGAGCCGGAUGCGUGCGAAGCAGACCAAGAAGCAGGCGGGAGCCGCUGGCCUGGGCGUGCCCAGCGGUAGCCUGCCAGGCGAAGGUGGCACGGGGGCAGGUGGUGCGGACAGCCCUGGCUCUUCCCAGCAGUUCCCCAAGUGGGGCGUGAACCGCAACAGCCCCUCAUCCCGCGGCAGCCUGGACGACUCCGACAUGUGGACGAGCUUCCGGCCGCGCACCAGCUCCAACGCCAGCACCCUGAGCGGCAAGCUGUCACCCAUCGCCCCCGGCCAGGAGGAGGACGACGAGCUGCCCGAGGACAGCCUGCUGAGCAGCUACUCCACCGGCAGCCUGCCGCCCACCCUCACCGAGACCCUCAUGGAGGAGCUGGAUCUGAUCGACGGGCUCACGCUCAUGACUGGCCAGCAGGGCGGCGCCAGCCCCAGUACGGCGCCCCCAGCCCCUCCCACUCCUCUGCCCUCCGCUGCCACGCUGCUCCCCCGAGGGACGGGCUUCCCCUCCUACAACCGAAUGCAGCCAGCCAAGCCUGUGCAGAGCCCCCCGCAGCCUGGCUCCCAGACCUCUGUCCAGCAGGGUCCUGGCUCCAACCACAGCCCCUCCACCUAUGGCAACUCCCUGUUCAACCCGCUGCCAGGGCCCGGCUCUCACGGGGCCCACUUUGGUGCCCGCGUGCCUUCCAGCCUGGAGGCUCUGCUCACCUCUGAUUCCCCUCCGCCGAGCGAGGUCAUGAUGACUCAGGUAGACCCGCUCAUGCCCAGCCAGGGAGGGGCAGGGCUGCUGGGUCUGGGGGGGCCCAUGGCGGGCGGCCAGGCCAAGCAGGCAGGCCUGAUGAUGGGCAAGGGCCUGGAGCAGCACCCCCCCAUGGGCCUCCCGCCACAGCCUCAACUCCAGCCACAGCCACAGCCUCACCAGCAGCAGCAGCAGCAGCAGCAGCCACAGCAGCAGCAGCAGCAGCACUCCCAGAUGGGUCUGAGCAUGCUGCUGUCCAGCAUGAGCCCGGACCCCACGCAGCUGACCGCCAUGAAGAGCCAACACCACGUGCCAGGUGGGGGGCUCCUCCCUGGGGUCGGCGGCAUGCCCUCCACAGGAGGUGGGAAUGGGGGUCCGCAGGGCAUGGGCCAGUUUGGUGGCACACCCGGCUUCUUCAUGCCCUCCCAGGACCGCUUGCCCACGGACCUGGACAUUGAAAUGUUCACAGAGAACCUGGACUGUGAUGUGGACUACAUCAUCAACAGUGACCUCAUGGAUGGAGACAUUAUUGACUUCAACUUUGAUCCCAUACUGCCAGGUGGACAGGGCUACCCAGGGCCCGCCACCACGCAGAGCUCCUCUCACAAGUGGGUCCCCAGCUAACUCUCCAGCCGCUGGAAGCAGGACAGCCAUCACCCCCUUACCACAAACACUUGGUGCAUAGCUUGGAUAUUUUUUUUCCUCUGCAUUUGCCAUUGUACCUCUGAUACAAAAGAUAAACUGUUUUGGGCGAAGAUACAAAACAUGAACUAAAUUUUUUUAUAUUUUUUUGUAGUUGCCGAUCUGAUAUAUACACAUAUAUAUAUUUUUGGAAGACAGAAACAGACCUCAUUGUUGUUAAGUGCCAAUGUUAGCCCAAGUGGGGCCAGGGGGACGGAGGAUGGCUGACGCUAAGACACAGUCAACAUCAGUUUCAGCUUUGAUUGGAUUUCCUUCAGAUUUUCCUCUCUCUUUUUUUGAUAGCACACUAGCUAAGGAGCGAAGCAGAAGGACAAGACGAUACGCUUGUCGUGUGGGAAAAUAAGCACAACUAAUAAACUACUAAUCAAGUUUAUUACGCAUUUAUUACUAAUACCAAAGUAGCUUAGCAUGGACACGGUACUCUUGGGUUUGGCUGCUGGACCACUGCUGUGAGGAGCCUGGCGCCGGACAAGAUGCCGAGGAGAGGAGGGCAGGACCGAGAGGGGUGUCGAUUGGACCUGGAUACCUGGACCUGCGCACUGCCCAAUGGUACAGAACGUGACCUUUUUGUUAGGUUGUCAUGUCCGAGUGGAAGUGGGCCGAGGCAAAGCCGGACUGAAUUCUUUUCCCCGUCAUUCAGUCAUGCAGUAAUUCUGAUCGCUUGGUUAGUAUCUACAGUUUGGCUUAUGUGACCACCUCUGCUCAGGAAAGGACUUGUGAUUUUCUUUUCAGUUGUGCUGAUGCAUACAGGAGGAAUCAAGGAGUGAUGCUUUUUUUUGGCUUUUAAUAAUUAUUGUGCAGUUAGUAACGUAAACAGUAUGAAGAAACAUGAUGUGGAAUUUUUAUACAGGGCAUUCAAAGGCAGUUUUUCUUUUCUUUCCUUUGCCAACAUGUGAUUAGUUGGCAUAGUGUUAUUACUGAAGACAGUAUGCCUCUUUUGCAGAAUGCAAUUUGUUUGAAGUUUUUUUUUUUUUUUUUUUUUUUUUUUUGCAUGCGGCAGUUUUGAGCCAGCUAAGCUUGAAACAGGCAAAAAUACGACACAGAAGAAUUCUUUAGUCCGGCGAAAAAGAGUUCAGAACCCAAAGUAAUGGUGAAUCAUUUCAGCAGAGGGGAAAAGGCUUUUGGUUAUGCUGUCUUUUGUAGCAUGCGACACGGCAGUGUGAGAGAAAUCGUGAAGGAUGCAAAAAUGAAAUGUGAUGUAAUGCUAAGGUUAUCAGCAACGAAGGUGUGAUGACAUGGCCCUGGCCAUGUGACUCGGGGCCUGACCAGAGUUUAUUUCUCAACCAACGCUCUUUCUUAUAUAAUACUAACAAUCUUUUUGUAUUGAGUUUCAAUGUCGAAGCGAGAAAAUAUGAGUAUAUGGGACUAUAGUUUUAAUAGCCAGCUUAGAGAAAAGCUAAAAUUAAAAUGCAUCUUUAACAGAUAUGCAUACUAAUCAGAAAGAUACUGUUAAUGUGUUUUUUAUUCUGCAAAAAAGUAACUUCAGAGCAUUUCUAACGGUAAUUUUUAUGUAUUCUGUUAUUUUUGUAAAAGAUGACAAAGCAUGUAGAUUUUCUAUAUAACCAAAGGAACACUAAGAACUGCAUGUCAGUAUGGGGAAGUGCAGGAGAGGUGGGACGUAUUUCAGUGGAGAUAAGCUUUACAUAACACAAACCAUUCAAACAGUAGUGUGCUCCAAUCAGAGAUGGGCGCUGCACGGGGAGUACCAUUCUAGAAUGUUCCGCUGUGUAACAUCUCACUUGAUCUGAGGAGUAGUUCUAAGGAAGUGGAUGAACUAAUUGACCCUUUACAUGAAUAUCCUGGUGAAUACUCUCUUGCCUGUACCUUUACCUGACGAUGGAAGUCAAUCUCAUCUCAAAAUAUAAAAAAAAGAGACAGAACUGGUUGAACUUAACUUUGAUGAAUAAUGCAAUGAUUAACUCUCAGGGUAAUUUAAAAGAAGAAAAAAAAAAGAAUGGUGACCGCAAAAGCUUCCAGAAAAGAAGUGUUGAGAUAAUCAUAUAGCGAUUUGAAAUGAUCCAUUUUGUGCUUUCUCUCUAUCCAAAACAAAAGAUUGGAAAGAGAAAUAACUAGCAAGCCCCUAUAAGAGCAUUCAGCAUGUUAAUAAAAUAUAUAUAUCAAAGGAUAAAUAUAUAUACUAUAUUCCAUGUUUCAUUUGAGGAGGAGAGGUUCAUUGGAUCGUGAGUUCACUCAGAUUCUAAGAUGCUGUAAAACUGCCAGUGAACACUAGAGUAUGCUGCUGCUGCUGAUGCUGCAGAACGAAACGUACCAAGCCCAACUUUCUCAUGUUCUCGUUUUUCAUUCUCUUUAUUUUCCAUUGAAUAUAUUAUUCACUUUUUUUGUUGAUGUUUUAGUGGAAAGGACACUUGUAUUUAAUAUAGUUGUCUGGAUGUUUCCUCCAUCUUUAAUUGAAGCAGAAUAGCAUUCACUUCAAUGUUGAUUAGAUUUCUUUCAGAAAAUGCAGAUGUGCAUUUCUUCAUCAUUUAACUGUAAUUGUCCUAAUAUGUUAGAUUUAAGCCCUCUUGUGUCAUGGCAUUGUUUUCAAAUCACCGGUGCUACAAUCUACUAUCAGUAAGAGGGGCAGAAACCAAUGGGUGCAGAUUUAGAUAUAAAAAGGCCUUGAAUCAUUUAUAUGCAGCAAAAAAGUAAAAUAUUUUGAAUAUGUUUUUUUCUAAGAACCCUAGUGUAGGAUGGAAAUAUAACCUUUUAUUGUGUUCCCCAAGAUGUCACUUAAAUAGAUUCUUAAUAAAACUGUGAAUGCAGAGAAAUGUCUGGCAUUUGGCUGGAGUUUGAAAGCUUUCGUCACAAAUGAGAAGUGUUCCUGCAGCACAGCGUGCUGUCUUUGAGCAGCUGGUGUGAAUAGCAUAGCGUGGAGCCGCUCAUGGGAGUGAUCUUAGUUUCCAUGGACGGUUUGUGACUGUGGCUCAGGGGGGUGUCUGGUCCUCGUCCCACUUCCCUCUGUUCAUGCUCACAUAGGUGUGAUUGUGUGUGUUUGUGUGAUUGUGUGAUUGUGUGUGAGUCCAGUAAGCGCUGCGUAGGAGGGGUCGCGACUGUUCUGCCAACGAGAGCGAGAGCCGAGUGUUGAAGAGCGAGUGGAUUUAUGGAAGGACGUGUUGUGGCUGUGAGUGAGCGAGUUGGAUCUGUAGAGGCCAUGGUGGCCAAAGUGAGCGCAUGAACAGAGAUUUUCUCCCCCUUCUUGGUUGGAUAGUGAAGGGGGGAAAAUCUGUGAAGUGCAGUUUGAUGGAGACAUCUUAUGGGGCCGCCCCUCCGACCUCCUGCACCAGUACCCUCCCCCUGCCUUGUCUCUGAUUCAUCACUAUAUAUUUCUCCUCUCCCUCCUUUUUAAAUAAUACCUCUCAUGAUUUGUUUUGAACUUUAGUACUUUCUUAUAUUUUCUUAGUACUUCUUUUUCUACUACUCUUGUUCUCUUAAUUAUGAGUUAGUUCGAUUGUACUCUCUUUUUGACUGGGUUUGAUGAGACUUUUAGAGUGUGCACAGGGUUGAGUUCUCUUGGUUUUGUUUGUUUGUUUUUUAUGAGGGAGGGAAGGGGUUGUCAUGGGUUGUUGAGUUGUGCAUAGCCAAUACAUGUACUUGAUUACUUUUGAUUGAUGUUUUAUUUUCCUCCUCUUGUAUUUCAUCCCAAUCUUACUUUACAUAUUGUAAAGUUAGCCAGAUAUGACUGUGAAAACAGUCCUGGAGAAUGGAAUUAAACUUAAUCUGUUUAACCAAA